UUUAAGAAAAAAAAAAAAAGAAAAAUAAAAAACCUGACAAAAUAUUGUCAACUUCAUAUGUUAAUUAGCUUCCCUUUUACGUUUCUAAUAAUUCGAUCCCCUGAGAAAUAUCGAUCAAAUAAACAAGUCCCCUUGGUGUCGUUGACAUUGCGUGUUAUCUCCUCUUUGAGCGUACACAGAAAGCAAGCUAAAAAAGUAUUUACUUCGCAACGCGACAAAGAGUAAGAGAGAGAGAGAGAGAGAGAAGAAUUAUUGUUUCUUUACUUGAACGUUGUGAAAUAUGUCGGUGAGUUCGCGAACAGAUUCGAAAACGAUUUCGAAAAAUCAAACGGAUAAACCACCCUUCAAACUUUGUUUCUCUAAGCAACAACCAAUUGGACGAUCGGAUGCUUACAUUACAAAAACUAAUGGUACGUAAGUACCUUUUAUUAUUGAAAUUAAAUUCGCAGCGAACUUUGUAACGCCAAAAUUUUAUUCGAGAGAAUUCGAGGAUUUGCAGAAGAUCGAUGUCGACGAUACGAUUAAACGAUUAACCAACGAAGAAGAGAAAAUUCCAAAGGAAGUUUAUCGUUGGCCGUUAUUGACAAGUCACACUUAUGGCUGGUGGCACGAAAAAGGCAUAGAACCUAAGGAUCAAAGAUUUCAUUUUCACAAGAGAACGUCGGAUUUAGUGAGCUUUCAAAUGAAGAUAUAUGCCGAGGAUAAAAAGAUGAAAGUACCUGAUCCUCGAUUGGCCUAUCGUACACCGAUCCUUCGAGAAGCAAUCGGCUCUCGCGCUUCUCGUAAUUCUCAAGCAAGCUGUAGUUUGGGUCGAUUGAAAAAAAGAUAGAGCGAGAAUAUUCCGCCAAAAAUGAAUUCCGGCAUGGUGGAGCACACGAGACUCGGUCAGAAGGAUAUCAAGAAUUCCGAGGAAUUUUCGCCGCCAGAGAGUAAACGAGUACGUAUGGAUGAUGGCUGUAAUAACUUAAAUAGUACAUUCAAUAGUACAUCAAAGAAUAAUACAAGAUGGUCUUACAAUGCUGAUAGUAGUCUUGUCGAGCCAGAAAUAUUAGAAGAUAUGGGAGUUAGUAUGCUAGAGGAUGAAGCAAUCAACUGUGAUAACGUUAACAAAGUACAAUCUCCGGAUUGUACUGUUUCUCUAACUAAUGCGGAUAAUAAUAAACGGUUACCAUUAAAUGAUAAUGGGAUUUACGAUACGGAACAAAAAUCUCUGUACAGAGGUACCAGUUUUGAAACUGUCACUAUCGAAAGGCUAGAACAGGAUCCAUAUGAUACAGACAAUCCAUGCAAUUAUGGACAUACGAAUGAAUCUGGUUAUGGUUCAAGGGUGGAUGUUGAAGUAUUUGGGGAUAUUAAAGAUGAUUAUGGUAAAGAAAAAUUAAAUGCUUCAUCAAAUAAGGAUAGUUUAGAUCAUUUUUACUUGUAUAGAAGGAAAAGAAAAUUGUCACAUGAAGGAGACGACGAAUUCAACAAACUAUCUGAUGAAAUGAUUUUAAUGAUAUUCAGAUGGUUACCUAAGAGAUGCUUAGUACGUUGCAUGUUAGUAUGUAAAAGGUGGUGUCAAAUAGCACGAGACGAGGCAUUAUGGAGUAGACUGGAUUUAGGUAGUAAAGUAUUAAAUGAAGGAACAUUGGAACAUAUAUUGCCACGUGGUGUUCAAAUCCUAAGGCUUGCCCAGGCUGAAAUUGCAGAUCCAAUAUUUAAAGACAGCACUGAAGUUUUAAAUAGUAAUUAUGUCUGUAAACUACAAUAUUUGGAUCUUUCUAUGGCAGUAAUAUCAGCUGAUGGUUUAGCAAAUUUAUUGUCUAAAUGCAAAUAUUUAAAAAAAUUAUCAUUGGAAAGUUGUAUUUUGAAUAUGGCAUGCUGUAAUGCGAUAAGUUUAAAUAUUGACAUGACCGUGUUGAAUUUAUCUAUGUGCGAAGGACUAGAUCUUGAAUGUGUUACAGAUUUAAUCAAACUUAGAAGCUUAACUGCUCUCAAUGUGGCAUGGUGUUCAUUGGAUGCAGAGUCUGUCUCUCUGUUGUGUAAAUCACUUCCGCCUUCCCUUACACGGUUGAAUAUAUCCGGAUGCCGAAAAACUAUGACAGACGAUAAUAUCAAAGAUUUGGUCAAAUCUUGUCCAGAGAUUGUAGAAUUAGAUUUAAGCGAUUGUACGCUGCUUACCAUGAAUACAGUUCCUAAUCUUCUAAAUUUUUCUAAAUUGGAACACUUGUCAUUAAGUCGUUGUUAUAGUAUACCACCGUCAACUUAUAUCAGAUUAGCUUAUAUGCCAUGCCUAAUGUAUUUGGAUGUGUUUGGCUUGAUGUCAGAACCAAUGUUAAAAUCGGUACAAUCUAAUUGUGGGGAAACUGAAAUUAAUAAGUUCCUAUAUAGUUCUGUCGCAAGACCAACAGUUGGCGUUCGAAGAACAAGUAUUUGGGGUCUUAGAGUUCGAGACUGAAAUUAAUAAAAUGGUGAUACAAUUAUAUAAUUCUAGCAAAAAGUCAAUGUUACGAAUAACAUAUGAUGAAGUCAAUGUGAAAUUGUAUAGAAGGUUUUAUUUUUAUAGUAAUACUGGCCUUCAUUGUGAGACUGAUCAUAUUAUUUAAUAAAAAAAAACAAAAGAAAAAAAAAUCAUUAAUAUGAUAACACGCUUAUAGCUCUAUUUGGAUCACUAACUGUGCCUAAUUCAGAUCUCUUUCUCAGAUGUCCCUUUUUUAAGGUGAACUACAUCUUUGGUAGUAUUACUAAAAUUAGAUGAUAUAUAUUUUGCAUAAUAGGGGAUGCUGUAUAUAACAAUUCAUGAUUUACUGUAUGCUCAUAUAUAUAUAUA